AUGAUUCCCGUGUCCUGCCGUCGGGCGCAGUUUGUUCCUGGCAUCGAUCGCGACCCGCAGGUGGUCGUACCAAAGAGCAAGGGCGAAAUCCUUGGGAUGGUGAUCGUGGAAAGCGGAUGGGGAUCCAUGCUGCCGACUGUCGUCGUCGCGAACCUCCUUCCUUCUGGGCCGGCUGCCCGCUGCGGCCUCCUCAAUAUCGGAGAUCAAAUCAUUGCAAUCAAUGGUGUCUCUCUGGUUGGGCUUCCGCUAUCCACCUGCCAGCAGUAUAUCAAGAAUACCAAGACGCAGACAGUCGUUAAGCUGACUGUCGUUCCGUGUCCGCCGGUGGUCGAAGUCAAGAUAAGAAGACCGGAUACGAAGUACCAGCUCGGGUUUUCUGUCCAAAACGGAGUGAUUUGCAGUCUACUUCGCGGUGGUAUUGCCGAACGAGGAGGAGUUCGGGUAGGGCAUCGAAUUAUUGAAAUCAACAACCAAAGUGUGGUAGCAGUUCCUCAUGAAAAGAUAGUCAAUCUUCUGGCUACAUCGACUGGAGAAAUCGCGAUGAAAACGAUGCCUACGUCGAUGUUCAGACUGUUGACUGGCCAGGAGACACCAGUGUACAUGUGAAGUGAGCUGGCAAGCUUGAAGUGAACGUCUGCGGCGGAAACCUACGAGGAGGCUGAUAGCCAGAUGGUCUCUGAGGGACCCUGAGUAACAGCAGGGUUGAGAAUUUCUAGUCUUCUCGAUUCCGCAACUGCGCGGCAGUCGGCUUUCACCUUUUUGUUUCGGUUACGUUUUUAUUCCGUUGAUGAAAAGGAAGGGAAUUGCGAACAUUCUUUUCAUCUUGUGAUGGCGCCCCUGCGUGACUAUUGUGACAAUAUUAAUAUCAAUAUUUUUUGGUCAUUCGAAACUUAACAAAGAGGUCAACUUGCAUUCUCGCGUAUCCUCUUCCGGGUUCAUCGGUGUGAUGUUCUCUGCCACUAGUGUAUCCUUCGCUGUGUAAAUCAGCUCAUGUGCCCGGUAAUGGCGAGCGAUGCGGAAGGAUUUCCGCUUCAGUGUUGUGCAAGCAUCCAUCUGGAACUUGCUUGCAGUGUUUUCCAUGACUCGACCGAUCGGAACAUAUCGCUCCCAAUGUCUCACCCCCUUUCCAAUCCCGGAGCUCCUAGUUUAGUCACUUUGAACAAGAAUUGUGUUCAAGCUUUGUUAAUAAGCGCGACGGCUGCUGAAUAGGGAUGGAAACGCAGAGUUAGCCUAGUUGGGGUAUGCCGCGAGCUACCAAAGUUACGUUGAAGCAGUUCCUCGAACUGGGCAUUUCGGUUCUGGUUUGCCCUUCCCUUCAAUUUUUGAUUGCUGUGUGAGCUUCACGUUGUCUGAAGAGGAGACAUGGCGCAGCUGAAUGAAAAUAUCGUUGGCAGUGAUCCGUUCGUAAAGCUGAAUAGUCGCAGAAGAGUGCCGAGGAGUACGUCAAGUGCGUGUUUGUCCGAGCACGGAAGCCUAUAUUUUAAUAAAUAGCGGGAGCAGAAUGCGAAAUUUAGUAUCUGUUAAAAACCUUUGCGUUUGGCUGCGCGAUCAACCGGAGGGCAUGUCACUGAUUAAGUUCCCCAAAUAUUUUGUGUGAACCUUUGUGAUCAAGCUCGAGCCGUGUUCUGCAGUGUUAGGGUGUUUCUUCAUUUGUGAACUUCGCGGAAUUUUCUGCGCAUAGGUGCUGGAAUAACAAAUUGAAGGAACCCACUGAUCUGUACCGAUGCUAAUGUGCUUCUGCUUGUGGGAUGCGUUCUGUUCGAUGCCUUCGUCAAGAAGAUAAAUCUCAUUUGAUCUUCGUUUCAUUUCGCGUCGGCGGCUCUCGUCACGUCGUGCCAGCCAUAAUUAUUCAUGUGCCCUCGAAAUUUUGGAAAGGGCAGGUUUCUUUCUUUUCCUUUUUUUCCUAGAGACCGAUAAAAACGCUUUCUGCUGCAUGAAACGCCGGCAUUGGGAUCAUGGUAGUAUCUAAUAAACGUUUCUGAGUCAAUCA